UUCACUCUGUUUAACCAACGUCGGGUAAUUACUUAAGUAUAUUAAGAGCUUUUUGCAGAGGUGAGACAUCAACUAUUUACAUACAUGUGUUUUCUUAAAAAGCCUUCAACGAUAACGGCAAAUAACCCACGAGAUACGUGUUGCGCAAUUCAAAACAGUCUCUUUAGCUAACCUUGCUAACCACCAGCUGUAGCAGGCUGGAGGAGAAACGACUGACUGUAGAGCUGGUCCCCCUGAAAAGCGUUUGCUCACAUGCAAACCGACACUAACACAGAUAUAGAGAACAUGUAACGUUACAAUUCGACUGUGAUGACUGUUGUUGUGUCGGUGUUCCUUGUGCAGUGUCCCCCCCCCCCCCUUCUAUUUCAUGUAUAGAGAAGUAAACAGGCAGAGAAUCAGUGCAUUGUUGUGACAUAUUUGGUUUAUUGUAGUUUUUAAUCUGCAGUACAUAAGAUACAUCUCCGACAAAUGUAUUUAAGACUUUGUAAAGCAAAGUCGACAACAUCAUGCCCAAGUUGCACAAAUGUAGUGUUAAACGUCAUUGUAUUGGUCUCUGAGGUGGUGAUGGGUGACAUUCGUCAGUCGUUGCUGCCUCGCGAUGUGCUGAGCGCAGCCAAGGAGCUGCUGUAUCACCUGGACAUCUACAUCUGUAACCUGGUGCAGUCAGGCAGGCAGCCUCCUCAGGUCGACUCCAAAACCCAGGAGCUGGUGGAGGAGUUCAUUCUGCAUGCACCCAAGGACAGAAACACUCCAGCUCGGAGGAUGAGUGCUCUUCAGGAGCUCCAGCUUUUGGAGAUCAUGUGCAGCUGUUUCCAGGAACAGAGCCGUGAUACGGUCCGCCAGCUUAUGUUCUCUGCCCUCUUUAGUCUCCAACGCAACCAGGCGGAUGAAAGCCGCAUGGCGCUGUUAGGCAAGCUGGUGUCCAUGGCGAUCGCUGUGGGCAGGGUUCCUAUAUUGGAAUGUGGUGCUACCUGGUUACAGAGAUCCCACCGUGUGUACUGUGUGCGCCUGGCUCAGGUUCUAGUAGACGACUACUGUAGUCUGGUGCCAGGCUCGGGGCCCACCCUGCAGAACAUCCACAACGCCAGCCCACGCUUCUGCUGCCAGUUCAUCACUGCUGUCACCACCCUCUUUGACCUCACCACAGAAGAGCUCACCCCUCCUUUAGAACUCCUUCAGAUGAUUGUGUCGUGGAUCCAAGAUGACCCAGGUCUGGUCCUAAUCAACUUCCUGAACACGGCCCUCUCUGGCAAUCAGCCAAUCAGCUCACUUGAUGUCACACCAUUAGGGGGGUUGAUGCGGUGGUGUGUCAAAGCCCCCUUGGCCUACAGGAGAGACAAGAAGGAGGGGUUAACCAAUGGCACCACUGAAGGGGAGCCAGAGGUUGGGCCUCUUUUCUCUGCUCUCCAUCUGAGUGUCCUACAGGUUCUCAUGCUUUUGCCAAACAUACUAAAUGAGAAGGGUCUUUUCGGUCGCCUGGCGCUGCUCCAGGUGGACUCCCUGGCUGCCCUGACCUCAGACCUCUCCAGGCUGUUGGACCAGGCUGACAAACACACUCACACUUCAUCCGCAGACACACGUGUACCGUCUCAGCUGGCCUUGGACCGGCUGGCUCAGGCCCUGCAGGUGGCCAUGGCCAAUGGAGCUCUACUCUGCUCCAGAGAGGACCUGAGAGCCAUCUGUUCCCGCUUGCCACACAACAAUUUGCUCCAGUUGGUGUUGUCAGGCCCAGUGCUGUACUACAACAACAUCCACACUCCUCCACUGGCCUUCAGCCCACACGCUGCUCAUUCCCCCAUCGCCCCACACCCGACACACCCUGCACACACACCUCAGGCCACCCAUCCCCCCUCUCACCCUCAGUACCCCGCUCAGCCUUUCAUGACGGGGAUGCCGUUCCCCUUCCGACCCAGCCACUAGAAGAACUAAUGUCAAACUUGUUUGAAAAUGUGAAGGUGUAUGUGUGUGUCUGUUUGUUGCUGUGCAUGAAUGAAUGUAUGUAUGUGUGAGUGAUGUAUUAUGUGUUAUUAUGUUAAUGAGCAGAUUUGCUUUUGCUAAAAGUCUGUGAGGCUAACACGUUUGUUCAAUAAAUAUUUUUUUACCUCA